AGUAAAUGCAGCUAAUAACGUUGAUACAACUUGCGUAGAUGCAGAUCCAAAAUGUUCAACAUGGGCAGCACAAGGCGAAUGCCAAACCAAUGCAGCUUGGAUGAUGGCCAAUUGUCGGGUUUCAUGCCACAGCUGCCAGGGUGGUGACAGAGCUUGGAAGUUGAGAGCUUUGAUUGCCGCAGCCUACAGCAAUGCAACACAACAAAAUAUCACCAGAACAGUUCGUGUGGAAAGCUUAAGGAUUACACACGUUGAAAUGGAAGAAGAAAAACAGUACGUACGAGUGUACGGCAGAAUGGUUUUGAGUUGGAACGACACAAAAACAUCGUGGGAUCGUGAUGAAUGGGGUCUAUCUUGGUUAAACUUCUACUGGAUACAGAUUUGGACUCCACAACUGAUUCAAGUCAAUCCAGCUUCGUUGACACCUGGGGCUGUAACAAGUAAGGUAUUGGCUGCAAAUUAUACCGGUCAAGUUUAUUUGUGGAAUGAUUUUUCAUUUGUGGCUCCAUACAAUUUCCAAUAUGAAAAUUAUCCAAAUGAUGUACAACGUAUUUGCUUUAAAUUUGAUGACAAACGUUAUUUUGCUGUACGGUUUACUGUGGCCGAUGAAGUUAAGUCAAAACGACACGAAGAAUUGAGUGAAACUCAUACUAGUGGUUGGUCAGUAGUAUCAGUGGAUGUAGCAGAUAGUAAAUAUGUUUUACAAGUGCUUGGUGAUUGGAAACGAGAUCCAUAUGAUAUCCAGGCAUCCAACUGUGAAUUAUGUUUAAGUCUUCGUCGUAAUGCUGUAUACUAUAUGACCGAAAUGGUACUGCCAUCGUUGGCCACUACAGCUUUAACAGUAUUUUCGGCACUGUUCCAAUUGUCCACAAUACAGCCCUGUUUGUUGGCAUUUUCGAUUGUAUCACAGCUGUUAUCUUUACAUCUUAUCAACAGUCGUCUACCGAUAUUUGCUGCUCAUCAACCAACAAUUCUUAAAUAUGCCGGAUUCAAUUUGGUGGUUACAACAGUGUUGUUCCUGAUUGCACUAUUUUUGCGUAAGUUAGCUAAAACGGAAAGCGAUAUUCCGGCACCACAUUGGAUUGAGCAAUUUGCCGGUUUGGUGAAUCGAAUUUUGCGUAUUCCGACAACUGAAGAGGAUACAAAAGUUGCGGGCAACAACCGAUGUCAGUAUACAUCAAUUGCCUAUGCAAUUAAUAAUACAGUUUUUGUGGUCUCAGCAUUAGCGUACUUUAUUGCAAUUACAGUUUGGUUUAUACUAUAA